AUGGCGAACUCCUUCGCACGCCUCAGCAGCUUGGCGAGUUCGUUCCUACAGAGCCGCGAGGUUUGGAGCUUGGCGCUGGUGGGCCCAAGCUCUUGGGAGAGCUUCCAGCAGGGGCACUUUGGGCUCCAUGUGCGCAUUGAGACCAACCAACUCAGCCGUCUCUUCGGAUCACGGCGCCCUCGACGGGAGAUCCUCACGGACCUGGUGGCCGCCCUAGGGCGGUUUGCCAAGCCUCCCUUGCUCUCGCUGCGGCUGCACGAGCCACGGACCUUCCGCGAGCUCUUUCCUCUGGUACUGGAGGUGCUGAGAAACUCCUCCAACUUGGAAGUCCUGCACUUGCAUGACGUCUACAUCGACCCCAUCCGGGCGGCGGGCGCCGACGGCGACUUCAACGAAGAGGUGGCGACGCGCCUCGUGGAAAGCUUCGACUUCAGAGGCCAACGUCGCCCGGGACGAGCUCUCAAGGAGCUGGCACUGACCGCUGGCAGCUGGUCGUGGGAGAGCUUGUGCCUCCUCUUCCAGUGCCUCUCUGAAAGCUCAACCCUGAAGCGUUUGAACCUCCGCGGCAAGCUGCAUCUGCCCCAAGUGCCAGCAGAGCCGGCACAGCACUUGACAGCUCUUGAGCUGGGUUCAGUGCAGAGCUUUGAGUGGCAAGGUUCGAACAUCUACAACGGAGCCUUCAUGGAGUCGCUCUUGCGCGCGCUGCCGCAGGCGCAUGUGCGCUUUCGUAUGGAGAGCAGUGGUGCUUGGUCAGGCCCAAGUGCGCUGGAGGUGCAGAUCUUCCGCGAGCGGCUGCGAUCGGUGCAGCGAGACAUCAAGGUGCACCUUUGGAGCCGCGACGGGGAGCACCAGCGCUUCGCGGAUGCCUGGACAGAUCUGGCGAAGCCGAUGAACUCCGAGCGCGGUCUGAGAAGUGGCAGUUACGAGCUUCGAGCGAUGAUGAACUUCGAAGUGGAGAAAGGAACUUUGCCUCAGAACCUCGAUACGGGAACCCUUGAGGCUCUCGAGCGCUUCCCCUGGGGGGUGCUGGAUGAGUGGAGAUCCGGGAACCCCCCGCCGCGUCGGUCGCGGGAGGAGCCGCCAGGACCGCCGCCUGAGAGGAUGGGUUGGUGCCGGCAGCGGCUGGAGCGGCUGGAGCGGCUCGGGGAUGAGAAGGAAGUCUACACACGCACCAAAGACACAUCAUAUGACCCUGAAAGAGCCCUAGACAGAGAUUAUGAAUGGGAGCGAACGUCGCGAAUUCUAGAGGUCCUCCACAGAUUUCAAGACGGCGGCGCAAUCCGCACUAGGCGUUGUAGCUCCGAUGCGGAGGCGCAACAUCAGCUGGCCGCUCUGUGCAAGGACAGCAUGGGACAGGGCAUGUCAGCUGGAGCUUACUGCGCGGCCGCUGGUGCAAGAGCUUCUGCCAACUCUGCGGGCACUCAACGAGGUCCUGCUCGUUUGGACAGCGCCCGAAGCAGCUUUUCAGGCGCCCGCGCGUCGCGACGCGAUCGACGCGAUCCUUGCCGCCAAAGCUGCAACGGCGUUCCUGAAGCCUUAUGUACAGGAAGAGAGGAGAGGAUUCCCCCACGGCCCGUGGUGAGGAGGGAAAGGACGUUGGAGUUCCUUCUCUUGUCACACACCAACAAGGCGCGCCGCCUGGCGCUUUGGGGCGUCGUGGGAGAAGCAGUGUGGGCCGCCAUGCGGCGAGGGCGUUGGCAAAAAGCACUGGAAGGCUUUCGACAGACGUGUCGGGAGGCUUUCGACCGCGCUGGAACGCACGGCGCACGUGCGGACGCGAACGUCGGCGCCACGUGGGCGCCACGCGCCAGUAAAGCAGAUUGGAAGCUCUGUGGUGUGGCCUUGUUAGUGGUCCACGAGCUCCACUUGUAUGCCGUCUUCCUGGAUGUCAAGGGGGACCGUGUGCUGCUGGAGCAGCUGUGGAGACGUUUCGGAGAGCUGCUGCAGCUGCCAGUGGCGUCCAUGCCCCAAGUCCUCGCAAGGACGAGGCGGAACACCGCCGGGGGGGCGACGGGGGGCCGCGACCCGCUGAUCCAGGCCCUGGGCCCAGGAAGCUCUCCAGGUACGGCCGAGCGCGAGCUCGCGCGCGUUUUCCGCGCGACACCCGCGGACCGGUCUGGUGGGACUUCUCACGGUCUCAAGAAACCCGUCGAGUCCGUGCGAACACUCCCGGCCUGCGCGGACUGCGCUGACCAGGCUCUGGCGCGGCGGAAGCAGCUGCGGAUGCUGCAGAGGCUUCAUGAGAAGGCCUUACAGCAGUGGAAUCGCGAAUGGCAGGCAACCAUACAGUACUACAGCUUUGCCUCCUUGGCACAUGACUGCCUGCAGCGUGUCACUUGCGCCACGCGCUUUUUGCUUCGGCAGGAGGCGUCGCGCCCAGAGCCAGCGGGGAAGCUGGGCGUCAAGUUUUGGGAUAGCAGCUUUUGCCACCUCUUCAAGAUCGCCUGGCCCGACUUUGUCGAGGCCUUCGAGAACUUCUACCUGCAAGGUCGUUGCCCGAACGACUUGGUACGGCAACUGCGGCUUCGGGUCCGGCAGCUCGGGGGUACCGAGCAGAGCGGCGUGGGGCAGCGAGAGGGCAUGGUGGGGGUGGGUGGGGAGCAAUGGGGAGCACUUGGAGCAGUGUGGAGCACUGGACUUGGUGUGGAACGAAUGGGUGUCUUCAGUGACCUAGCCAAUAGUGUGGGAUUCGAGCGUGCCGGCCACGGCCACGCCACCAAUCACCAGGAUUUGAGCGUGCCUGGCACCCACCCCGCUGCACGGAGCAAGCGGUUGAGCGUUUCGCGCCCUCUCCACCGUGCUGAGGUGGAUCCGACAUGCAGCCAGCAGGCACCGUGGUUUGCGAUCGGAGGAUCCGAUGUGAGACCGUCCAAGUUUGCUCCGCAGAGCGAAGUUGGAGCUUUUGCUUCGAAAGGUCUCAGGAAGGGUAUGUCAUGCAAGAUCUAUUUUACCAUCUAUAAACACUUCAUGAAACUUCCGGCUGGAGAUCCGACGCAUUCCGACGCUAUUUGGUUCGGAGAAACCGUGAACACCGGUGACCCGGUGGUUGUGCUCGGUGUCACCGGGUCGCUCGUGGAGCGUGUCACCUGGGCUCUCGCCUGCCAGGUGACACGGAAUUCUUGGCAGCUUCUCCUGGAGGGACACAGCAGGACAGCACUGGACAGCGCAAGGCUCAACCAGAGGAAGCUUUGCAUUUUUGCACAGAAGCAUGUUUUGAACAACUUGCCUGGGUGCAUCUAUAGGGAGCCGCUCGAGGAGGACGAGGUGAUCGAGGCUGCGCGCCAUCCUUGUGGCAGCUUUUGUGGCCACGGCCGUUCCUCGCUGCCUGCGGUGCAGGUGGAUGUCUCCGAGUGGGGCUUCCCAUCGCCGCAGCCCACUCCACAGGUGGCCGGGGUGGCUUGGGGUGGAGGAGGAAAGGGCAUGAGGUUUGCGCACAGCGCAGCGGAUGACGACAUGUCCAUCCCCACGCAGACCGACGUGCGUCAUCCCACAGGAGCGCCCCACGGCGCGCGUGAUGGCUCCCGUAUGUCAUGGGAUGACUUCGUCACGGACCUGUGUGCUUCACAUAAGCCCUGGUGGAUCGAUUUGGAAGACGAGGUGAGCCCUGAGAUGUCCGCUCAGCGGGAGUCUGCCCUCCGCGCGGUGGACAGCUGUAUUUCCUGCACUCGUCGUUCCCUGGUCUUCCGCGUGGUGAGUGGCGAUUUGGGACAAAACCGGCCUGUCUUGCAGAUGCCUUGCGCUCAUGAUGAGAAGCCGCAGGCCUUCGAACCGGGCUCUCCAAGAGAAGCUGCGGUGGAUUUCUCUGCGCUGCCAGCACUGGUCGUGGCCGCCAAUGGCAGCCGCUUUAGCGGCGUGACGAAGUUCGGGCGGAAUUCCUCAAAGAGGACCUUGGUCCCCGACUGUCCGAUGUCGGAGCCGAUUGCAUCAAGAUCACAUUUCAAUGUGAUCCACGAUCAGGACACAGAUCAGUUCUAUAUCAUGGACGCGGGCUCCAAGUGGGGAACCUUCGUCAAGAUUGGCUCCAACGUGACUCUCAGCUGCGGCGACUGGAUUCGUGUAGGUGGUGUGGAGUUCAUCGUUCGCUUCUGUGGAGGUGGUUGCAAGUGCCAGAAGAGCCACAUACACUACCGAUUGCACGCCAUGAAGAUGCAAGAGGUCUGGACGACCUGUGGAGAUGUACUGCGCGGGUUUCGGUUUCGGUUUUCGCGCAGGUGCCACGUCACCCCGCGCGGGGGUUCCCCGGGGCGUUGGGCCCCGGGUGACCGUCACUGGGGUUGUGGUCACGUCAUGGGUCGAACCAUGUGA